AUUUUUUAGAUUUCUACCGUACGCAUUGUUAGUUGGUCACAUUGAUGAACGAUUUUCAAAAACUUGUUUUGGUUAUUAUAAUUUACAAAAAAUCUACGUAAUGUACAUGUUAUAGAGGGAUUAUACUGUUACGAUUGUUUGUUAUUAAGCAAUAAGCUGUAGUCUUAUGUAUUUUUGUGGAAAUUUCGCACUGACCCCUACAGAGGGACAAUAACUAUCCGAUAUGGAUGGUCCCGGAAUGAGUUUGUUUCAAGGCGCCGCGAGUAUCCACAUAAACAACAGUGCUCAAGAUAGACUUGAAGAACAGGAAGAACUCGAAGACCAGAAACGUAGAAAUGAGGAGCUGAAGCACAAAUUAGCGAAUGCGUUUGACGAUUUGUUGGAUGACGAUGAAGCCAGCUCUGUAAAUAGCAGUGGCAACUAUACUUUAGAUCCAGCUCAGAGCAAUGGAGUACAGCAACCAAGGACAGGUUUGCCCCCAACAUAUGUGGAGUCUCUCAACCACUUGAAGGAGAACCAACAUGGCUCGGAAACCCCUAAGAUGUACUGUGAAACCCCUAAGAUGUACUGUGAAACCCCUAAGAACCACAUGGGACACAUGAGAUUGCAGGAAGAGGCCUUGAAAGCACAAUUUAGUCCUUAUGGCGCUGGUGAUGGGCAGAAUCAUUAUUUCCAACAAGAAUUCAGAGGUCACAUGAAUGGCAUCAACAAUGUUGAUAGACAAGAGUUUAAGAACAGUGAGCAACUCAAAGUAAUGUAUGAUCUCCGUGUGAAAGAAUGUCAGCAGCUGGCUGGUCAGAUGCAGGAGUUGGAUACAGAAAUAGAUAGCUUGAGAGCUCGACUUGCUGCCGCUAUCAAUGACAGGGACAAAGUGGAACUGUCAUUGCAGGAGGCUCAUCACUUGCUUGCAUCUAGCAAGCACAAGCUGAUUGAGUUAGAGCAGCAAGUGAAAACUCUGACAGAGAAGCUCAUAGAAAGUGACCAGGAGAAAGAGCAGCUGAAAUUAGAACUACGCUCGGCUAAUAUCAGUCUGCAAGAUGUACAACAACGCUUACAUACUCUACAGGUUGCGCACACACAUGACACUGAUGCCUUAUUUAGAGAACAACAAGACAGACACAGAGAAGAAAUGGAACGCCUACAAAAUGAUUUGACCAAAGCCAAAAGUAGACUAGACGAAAAAGACAAUGAAGUAAAGACUUUAGAACGAAAAUGCAUGGAAAAGGACAGAGAAAAAGAGGAUAUAUUGAUAGAAAAAGGCGCGACUAUCAACAGACUGGCCAGUGAGUUGGAGGCGGCACAAAGCAGGCUCGUUAAUGGCGAGACUACCCGACUGAAGGAAAAGGUAUCACAAUUGACGACAGAAAGGAAUGCAGCUAGAGAACAAGUGAAGGAAAUGGGGUCUAAGCUGGAAUUGACUGCCCAUGAGCUAGUCCUGUACAGGAACAAGUUAGCCGGCACUCAGAAAGAGUAUGAACAUUGGAGAACUACACUGCAUCAGAUCCUCAUGGAGUCUUUACCUGAAAAUACAUAUAUUGGUGAACCACCUUCUCCAGGAAAAUUGUCAACACUAAAAGAAGUCUUGAGUCGAUAUAAAAUACAGAUGCAGAAACUGUCUACAUUACAGGAAGAGAUUAGUAAAAGGGACAAGAAAAUCGAACAACACCGCAAACAAGAGCUAGAUCUUCGAGCUAAGCUUGAAGAGCAGAAAGGUCUAGAAAUGCAGCUAAACUCUCGGAUGGCAGUGUUGCAGAAUAAACUGGAACUGUUAGGCAGUAACUCCGAUAGUGAACUGUUGGACAGCUAUAAGCAGCAGAAUGAAAAUCUGCAAGCCGAGAUUGAGGAAGUUAGGAGCGAAUUGAAGAGUUUGGACCUCAAACACACGCAACUAGAGCUAGAUUACGAUAAACUAAAGUCCGAGAAAGGUAGCCGCGCGUCCAUAGUGCAGGAGGCCAACGCCGACCUGCUGCGGGAACUCGAGCGGUACAGCGGACAGCUCAAGGAUACGCUCAAGGAGAACGGGGAGUUGAAGACUUUGUAUUUGCAGGCAUGCAGCUCUCGCGACACAGUUUCAAGAGAACUAAAAGACAUGCAAUCCAAAAUACAAAAAGAAAAAGAACUAUACAAAUCUCAAGAAAAGGACUAUGUAGAGAGAAUGGAGAAACAAAAACAGCAGAUAGAGAAAUUAACGUUAGACCUUAGCAAUACUAAAGAGGAGUUGGAAAGAGCUAAUAAGAGAAUAUCGGAGUUGCAGCGAGAGUUCACUGAUAAACAGAGGGAGUUUACUGAGAAACUCGAUAAGUACUUACAAGAUGAAAAGACUGCCAUGCGCAAAGAGAGGGAGCCGUGUCUACAAUGUGAGAAGCAUGUUAAACAUAUCAAGUACUUAGAUGAUCAACUUAGCAAAUGUACCAUUAGAUUAGCUUCACAAGAAAGCAACGAGACUCUAAUGAAGGAACUGAAAGGCAAGGCGGAGUUCUUCCAGCAGUACAUCAUAGACCGGUUCAACAAGCUGCAGGAACAGCGCAGCGUCGCCACCAACACCGAGGAGUUCCCUCCGACCUCCCCCGACCAGCACUCCAGCAUAGAGCAGCUGGUGCAGGACUGUGACGAUGCUGUGGCUGCCAAGACGGCUCUCAUGAUGAAAGAAAAAGCGAUUCGAGACCAAAUCGCCGAAAAAUUCACUUUGGAAAUGAAAACAGUUGAAAUGAACUGCGCGAGACGCAUCAAGGAGAUUGAGAACGAACACAUAGAAACUGUCACUAAGAUCAAAGAACUUCUGGAAAGGAAAGCUAAAGAAGUUAACGCUUUAAAAGAGUUUAUAUUAGCUGAGAGGGCAAAAGUCACGCAGAUACUCGAAUCUAAGGAGAAUGAAAUAUCAGAGUUAAUUAAGGAACAUAAUGAGUUGCAAGUUGAAUGUCAGAAGGCAAAAGAUAGUAUUAUUGACUGGAAACAGAAGGCCGAAAGGUAUAAAGAAAGGGCUUCAAGACUUGGGUCUUUGGAAGACGUUUUGAAGCACGAAAGGGAAGAUUGGAAGCAAAGAAGUAGUUCGUCGACUAAAGAAUGUAUGGCAAUGAAAGCGAAGGCGUCAGAAUUACAAGCGAAACUAGCUCAGUUAGAACAAAAGUAUGAGAAGUUGCAAGCUGAACAGAAGAUCAUUCAAGACAAGUAUAAGAAUGCUAAGAAAACUAUAUUUACUUAUAAGGAUUACGUAACGAAAAAAGACGCUCACGUGAACAACGAAAUGAACCGCAUACAGGACGAGUACCGCAAGAUAUUCCUGAAGCUGCAGAACCAGCUGAACUACCACAUCAACUGCCGCCUGCAGGAGGAGAGGAAGGGCAAGCAAGCGCAGGCGCAUGGCUCGCAACAAACUGACUAUACAGACAGAAUAAACAAGCUGAACGAUGAUUUCACGCGGCUCACGCAGUCGAACUUCAUGGACGGCCCCGACUUCAAGUGACAUCCAGUGAAACGCACAUUACAAGUUGUUGUCACUAAACACCAGCGUUUAGUCUUCAAGUAGAACAUUUGCCCCAGUUUGUACUUAAAGUAGUAUUUAUGUAAACAAAAGUAUUAUAUUAUUGUUAACGAGUAACGGCUGUUCUCUAUAUUCAAUCUUUUGUUCCUACUAGGAAUAGGAAUUUGACAUCUUGUAUGUGGCUAAUGUCUACGUCCUUUCUCUUGUAAGUAACUAACAGAAGAUAGAAUAUUGGCAAUGGCUGUUAAUAGAAGGGUAAUGCAAGGCAUAUCUCUCGAGGAAAACUGAUGUAACGUCAAGACUGCGUUUUACUAUGACAAUCGCUCAAGCCCCAACUAGAAUAAUUUCAUAGAAUAUUAUUUUUUCAAUGUGAAUUUAAUUAGAUAACUAUCAUUCCAUUAACCAUUUAGUGAAUUGUUCCUGUGAUAGUUAAGUACAUUGUAGUUUAAUGUAAUGUAAAACAGUAUUAUAUAAUUACACAAUAAAGUGCAAAAUAUAUCUCACAUUCCUCAUGACGUGUCCAGUUUGACUAUACUGAUUAUGUGAACACUACAGGUAAGUAGGUGUACAUACAUCUUAAUGGCCUUUAUCAUAAAAAGACUUGUUAUAAUGAAUUUAAUGUUAAUUUUCAAUUAUUAUUGUGUUAAAUAGUAUUACGAAUCUGAAUUGUUUUCGUUAUAGCUCUUGGAAGUAGUUGGAGUAACGGAAUUUUAUUUUUAAUGCUAUGGAAGAUUAUAUCUGUUAUGUAAAAAGUUUUGUAAAUAAAAGUAUCAUUUCGUAAAUUA